AUGGCCCGAAAGGGAAGCAGGAAGGUCAAAACAGGCUGCAUUACCUGCAAGUGGGUUCCAGGCCCCCAGUUCCAGAUUCCAGAUCUUUCCAAGCGACUGACGAGUUGUCUCAGAAUCCGAAAGAUCAAAUGUGACGAAUCCCGUCCUGCUUGCGUCAAAUGCACAAGUACCGGGAGGGCGUGCGACGGAUACGCGCCAGCCUGCGCAGCCCAGACCAUCGUUGCCCCCUGGAAUGUGAUUUCCGUUACUCCAUCCUUGCAUGUCAGGGACAGUGAGGCAAGGCCACUCGAGUACUUUCAUCGUGUCGUCGCCCCCGCUAUCUCCGGACACUUGGACGCAGACUUCUGGACCAAGCUGGUAUGGCAGGCUGGGGCAGACGUCGCUGCUGUUCGGCAUGCGACAAUAGCGAUCAGCUCCCUGUACGAAGGCUUUGGACUGCACACGUCUGAGCGGGAGCACAUAGCCCUACAGCACUACAAUCGCUCUAUCUCUCUUUCGAUUUCUAGCACGGACCAACAAGAGAUUCUUCUCGCCUGCAUUCUCUUUGUCUGCAUCGAGUGUCUACGGGGAGACGCGACAAGAGCUAUCGAGCAUUGCCGCCAUGGUAUCUCCAUAUUGAAUAGGCUUGUUGAGGGCAGCAAUUUCACACCCUGGAUCGAAGACAUUCGAGCCGUCUUCUCUCGUCUAAGCUUCAUUCCUCUGUUUUGGGGAUCCACGCCUGAUACUUUUCCCUUGAUGGCAGAGUUUCAUGAUUUCUCUGCCCUGGGCCAAACAAGGCUCAGCCAGGCCGAACUCCAGCGAUACCUUGACACCCUCAUCAGCCGAUCAAUGCGAGUGGUCAGGAGAGGAGAUGAGUAUCGCCUCGGGGUCAACGGUAGAUCAAGCCUUCCAUGUGGCCUUGUCAGGGAGCAGAACCAGCUACAGGAGGCCCUGCAGCACUGGGAGAGAGCUUUCCUCAACCUUAGAUCAGCGGCGCCGCUCUCGCCACAAACUCGCCUCGUUUUCGCCACUCUCGAGGUCAAACUCAUCAUCGCUAGAAUAUGGGUCCGUAAUGCAUUUGAGAAUGAUGAGGGUUCGUACGACUCGAGCAUUGAAGAGUUUCAAAGGGUCGUUGCUAUUGCCUCACAGGUUUGCCGUCUCAAGGCUGUAGAGGUAGUCGUGCCAAAGUUCAAGUUCGACAUGGGGUUCAUGCCUCUGCUGUACUUCGUUGCGAUCAAGUGCAGGGAGGUACGGACUCGCCUAGAGGCCGUGAAACUGAUGAGAUCAUUGGCCAUAAGCCGCGAGAAUCUUUGGGAUUUCAAUGUGAUGGAAGCAAUUUCGCGGCGCGUGAUCGAGCUGGAACAUGGGCUUUCUUUCGGCGAGCUUACUGCUCAGGUUUCUUCCGGAGACGCAGAAAGCUCUCCACGACCCCCUAGUCCGUCUCGUGUCAUAGAUUCGCUGAUAGAAUCUCCACAGAAGGGAAGCACAAUGUCGCCAGGAGAGGUUGUUACAUUUUUCUUCCCUGGAGAAGGCGGACAUGUCAGGGUCGUACGGAAAUGGAUAUCAAUGUGA